AUGGAUAAUCUAGUGGAUACUCUUAAGAGUAUGGAUCGACCGCUACGCCAAAGAGUUCAGCGCACGCCAUCUAACGCUCCAUUCUCUUCACUGCCACCUAUAGAAGAAGAUGCUCCAGUUUCACCCUCUAUCACACAUCUAUCUCCUCCAUUCUCACCUGUUAAUGAGCCCAAAACCAUGCUAAACGGAAGCUCGGGGCUUGAUUUUGGUUUUAAUUGGAGCUCUGCUAAGGAUAUGCGUUCUCCACUGACUAUGAUGAAGGAGGCAGCAGUUUGGAGAUGCACAGAAUCUCCUGAAGACGGCUCUGCUAAAACGCUAAUAAACGGCGCUAGCUCCUCCUCACGGCUAGAAAACAGCUUCUUUUUUCAGCCAUCAGAGAACGGUGCUUCGAAUCGCUCCAUUUUUCGUGCAGCAUCUCUUCCUGAUAUCGUUCUGGAGCAGAUCGGAUCAGCUCCGCAGCUAAGAGUUCCGAGUCUUUGGUUGGAUCUCGAUUUGAACGCUUCUCGUAUCUCACGCUCUCCAUCGAACUCUCUGAGCGGGAUUGCUGAAGCUUCCAGAAUCAGUGUUGCUCCGUUUGCACAGACUCAGGUUUUUAUUAAUGACAACUUACAAGUCAACCAGAAGCUGGAGCCGGAGCCAGAGAGGAACUUACUGCUCAAAUACAGAGCCUUCCCUGAUGCAUAUCUGACGAAAGAGAAGGAGCACGGCAAGCUGAAUCCUCGACCGGGAAAGAUAAUCAUCUACAAUAAGCCUGGAUUCAGCGGCGAGCGGAUCGAGGUGCGUGGAGACGUUGUGGACGCCACGCCAUGGGAGUUUACUGACACUAUAUCAAUACGAGUUAUUAGAGGAGGUUGGGUGUUUUAUGAGAAGCCAGAUUUUAAAGGGGAGAAGAUCGCUCUGGAUGAGGGGGAGAUGGAGCUGACGGACCCUUUCAGACCAGCGGAAGAAGAAGAAGAGGCUGACCUGCAGAAUGGAGGAGAGAGCUAUGGAGAGAUGGUGAAUGAUGGAGAAGAGCAGCAGAAAAACAAACCACACAGGAAGAGGAAGUUCAGCAUCGGCUCCAUCCGGCGAGCAGUGCGGGAUUACAGCGUUCCUGAAAUCAGCCUCUUCCCUGAGGAAAAUGCAGAAGGAAAGAAGGUGACAUUCAGAGACACAUCAGACGACGCCAGAAUAUUUGGCUUCCCCAUCAAAGCAAACUCCAUCAUCAUCAAUGCUGGACUGUGGCUGGUGUUUGCUGAACCCUUUUUCCAGGGUGUCCCGCGGGUCCUGGAAGUGGGUGGAUUCCCCAGCCCGUCCGCCUGGGGUGUCACACACCCGUAUGUGGGCUCGCUGCACCCGCUGAAAAUAGGGGAGCCCAGAGUAGAAAACCUGUAUGAGCCCAAACUGGUGCUGUACGAGAAGCCUUAUUUCACAGGUAAAAGCCGAGAGAUUUACAGCAGCAUGAGGGACUUUCUGUCACGAGCGGACAAACAGCAGACGCUCUUCAUGUUCAGCGCAGGAUCCCUUAAAGUCACUGGAGGAUGUUGGGUGGGCUAUGAGAAGGAGGGUUUCCGUGGUAACCAGUAUCUGCUAGAGGAGGGGGAGUAUCAUGAUUGGCGGGUGUGGGGCGGAGUCAACUCUGAGCUGCGCUCCGUCAGAGUCAUCCAGUCGGAUCUCUCAGAGCCGCAGCUGGUGCUGUAUGCGAUGCCGGAGCAGGAGUCUGAGCAGGACGAGGAGCGCACGUUUGAUGUGUCGGAGGCGGUGGCGGAUGUGGAGCUGUUCGGUUUCGGCAUCAACACUCGCUCCAUCCAAGUGCUGAGCGGAGCGUGGGUGGCGUACUCUCAUGUAGACUUCUCAGGGAACCAGUAUGUGCUGGAGAAAGGCUUCUAUAAUAACUGUGGAGACUGGGGCUCUGGAGACAACCGCAUCUGCUCCCUGCAGCCCAUCCUCACGGCCCCCAGUGAUGGACCCAUCCUCAGAAAUGAGGUGCUGCUGUACUCAGAGCCUGAUUUCCUCGGCUCGUGUCGGGUUUGUCAUCAUAACCAGGACGCUUUACCUGAGAGUCUGAUGGUGAAGUCCUGCAGGGUGGUCGGAGGAAGCUGGGUGCUGUACGGAGGAGAGAAGUUCAGCGGGAGCAUGUAUGUUUUAUCAGAAGGAGAUUAUCCUAACCUGAGCAGCAUGGGUUUACCAGCAGACAGCAGAGUCCGCUCUGUUAGAGCUGUUCCUGUGUCGUUCUGUGUGCCCUCUGUCUCUCUCUUCGGUCUGGAGUGUUUCGAGGGCCGUGAAGUCUCUAUCGACACACAGAUCUCCAGCAUGCAGGAGGAGGGCUUCAACACUCAGUUCCUCUCCGUCAGGGUCAACACCGGAUGCUGGGUGUUGUGUGAGCACAGUAACUACAGGGGGCGCCAGUUCCUUCUGGAGCCCAUCGAGAUCACAAACUGGCUCAAAUUCAGCUCCGUGUCCUGCAUCGGCUCCCUGUAUCCCGUCAGACAGAAGCAGAGGCCGUUUCGCAUCAGGAAUAAGCAUACGGGGCACUGUGUCUCCGUGCAGGGCGGUGUGGAAGACAUGAAAACAGGUCGAGUGCUGGUGUCUGAGCAGGUGGAGGGCAUGAGUGAUAUCUGGUUCUAUCAGGACGGACUCAUCAAGAACAAGCUGGCGAGGAGCAUGAGUCUGCAGGUUAUGGGUAAUGUGGAGUCUGCAGCGAAGGUAGUGUUGUGGACGGAGACGCGUGUGCCAGUGCAGACAUGGAGCGCUCAGAUGAGUGGAGCCAUCGCCAGCCUCACCUUCCCUGGGAUGGUGCUCGACAUCAAAGGUGGUAAAACAUACGACAAAGAGCAUUUAGUCAUCCGCGAGGAGAACGAGGAGCAGCCCAGCCAACAGUGGGAGCUGGAAUUUGUUUAACCCCGCCCCCUCUCCACAUUAACCCCGCCUUCAUCCAACUUGACCCCGCCCACUGCCUGUGACCCAAGGCUCAGUCAGUCGGAGGAAAGCUGUGUACAGUAGAUAGAAGUGUUUCUCGCCACCAGUGUGUCUUAUUUCCACAUCAUCUGAAUCAUGAUCAUCACCUGCGGAGGGUUUUAUGACUUACACACACCUGGAGGAAACACACCUGAUGCACAGGAGAUUUCUGUUUUUAUCAUCCAUGAUGCUGCAUUUGAACAGUGCUCUCUCAGAUAUAAUAUAUCAGUCCAAGCCUUAUCUUAUUUCUGCUCAUUUUGUUUGUUUACACACUAAUGUUGUGUUUGUUUUAACACAUAUCUGGGGUGUAUUAUGGGAUGUGUGCUGGAAUCUCAGUGUGUGCGUGUAUGAGUGAGUGUAUUAGCUUGUGUGUGUUUAUGCAAUCAUGCGUGAAUGUGUGUGUGUAUGGGUGUGUGUGUGUGUGUUUGAGAGCCUCUAUAAUAUUGCCAUGUUUUUGACAUCUUUAUUAUGUAUAAAUGAUUAUUUUCAGAGUGUGAAAGAUUCUAUAUCUGGGAGUGGCUUUAAUUUUAUAAUAAAAGCAAACAAAUGAAAUCA